AUGGGAAGCUAUCGAAUUGAAGAUGUAAGGUCACAGGGUAUCGAUCGGCAGCUGAGGACCGCACUGUCCGUACCACGGCGCCGACUCGCAUCGUCUCCGCAGAAUCAUAUAUCACCACGUGCACGACGUUACUCUAAUAGGGGACCCCGAGCGCUGAUACCGAUAGAUAUAUCUAAUCCAUUCCAGUGGGGUGGGGUGUCCGUGAGGGAGGGCGACGACCUGUCCCUGUCGCUCAUAAUAGUCACUUAUAACACCGCUGCGGAUACAAUAACAACACGGGUCGGGGUGAAGCCGGCCCCUGCGCUGUCGACCUCCGGCCCGCGCGAGCCGCGGCUGACAAAUAACUGA